AUGGCGUCUAUGAAAUUCGAAGGUGAUUUUCAAGAUUUAAGUGAUGAACAAAGUCAGUUCAUACAAGAUGUUCUUCAUAAACUUGGUUAUACAAAUAAUAAAGUAGUGUUCGCUCCUGUCGGAGAAGUGGGUGAUAAUUACACUGCUUGCGUCAAAAGAAUAACAGUGGAAACUGAGGAUGAUGAUAAUUUUCAAAUAAUUGCAAAAAUAGCACCAAAUUCAUUUCACGGAUUUACAGAUUUAUUAUUCAAUAACGAAGCACUUAUGUAUGAAGAGGUAUUGCCAGCAUUUAGAAAACUACAAGAAGCCGCUGACGUAUCAGAAGAUGAAAAACUAAAGUUCGCUGAAUGUUAUGGAUGCAAUACAAAAAAACAACACCAAGUAAUUUUACUUCAAGAUUUAAAGCCACUUGACUACACAAUGUUAGAUAAAUAUCAAUCACUACCUAACGAAGCUGUGAGGUUGAUCCUCAAAAAUUUUGCCAUUUAUCAUUCUUUAUCUUAUGCAUUGAAAAAAUCUAAUCCUGAUGCAUACGAUAGUUAUAAAAGCAGACUUUUGGACAUGUGGAAGGCAUCAGCUGAGAUACCUGAAAACAAAAGAAUGAUGGAGGAGAUAGAAAAUAAUUUAUUAGCAGUAUUUCAAAACGCCGAGGACAAGUAUAAGAAUGCGCUACAAGGAGCACUCACAAAGAUGUCACUAAUAGGCGAAAAACUUAGUGCUAUUCAUGGAAAUAGUAAAUACUCAGUAAUACAACAAGGUGACGCUUGGACGAACAACAUAAUGUUUAAAUUAGAGGAUGACAAAAUUAAGGACUGCAUUAUGAUAGACUACCAAAUAACUAAAGAAGCUAAUCCGGUCUGCGAUAUUCUUUACAUGAUUUUCAAUUGUACAGAUUAUGUAACCAGAUCUAAGCAUUUUUACGAAUGGAUCGACUAUUAUCAUGAUCAACUUGACAAAGCAUUACAUAAUUAUGGAAUGAAAGCAAACUUUGUAUAUCCUAGAGAUCAGUUAGAUGCUGAUUUAAAAAGACACUCAAAAUUGUUUUUCGGCACAGCAUUAAUUGUUAUUAGUAUGAUAUUUAGAAAAUCAGAAGAGGCUGCUGUAAUCAGAGAGGCUUUUAAUGAUACCGAUAUCAAUUCACUUAAAGAUAAAAUGAGCGUUACAUCAUUAAGUUCAGAUACUAUUUGUUUCGUUAAAACUAAAAUCGAAGAGUUAAUCGAUAGUUGUAUAGAGUUUGGGUUUAAAUAA